CGCGUCUUGCCCGCCGCGUCCCCGGCCCGAGGAGAAGACUCCGCAGCAUGGCCCCCACGCGCCAGGACCUGACGCCAUCUGGGAUGGAGAAGACCCUGCGAGAUGAGAUUGAAGCCAUCCUGCGGGAGAGGAUCAUGGUGCUUGAUGGAGGGAUGGGGACCAUGAUCCAGCGGCACAAGCUGAGUGAAGAAGACUACCGAGGACAAGAGUUCAAAGACCACGCCAGGGCCCUGAAAGGCAACAGUGAUAUUUUAAGUAUAACCCAGCCCAGCGUCAUUUACCAAAUCCACAAGGACUACCUCCUAGCUGGGGCAGAUAUCAUUGAAACAAAUACUUUCAGCAGCACCGCUAUUGCCCAAGCUGACUAUGGCCUGGAACACUUGGCCUACCGGAUGAACAUGUGCUCUGCGGAAGUGGCCAGAAAAGCAGCCGAGGAGAUAACUCUCCAGACAGGAAUUAAGAGGUAUGUGGCAGGAGCUCUGGGUCCAACUAACAAGACACUCUCUGUGUCCCCAUCUGUGGAAAGACCAGAUUACAGGAACAUCACAUUUGAUGAACUUGUUGAAGCAUACAAAGAGCAGGCCAAAGGGCUUCUGGAUGGUGGAGUGGAUAUCUUACUCAUUGAAACUAUUUUUGAUACUGCCAAUGCCAAGGCAGCUUUGUUUGCAGUUCAAAAACUUUUUGAAGAGGAGUAUGUUCCCCGGCCUGUCUUUAUUUCAGGGACAAUUGUUGAUAAAAGUGGGCGGACUCUCUCAGGCCAGACUGGGGAGGCAUUUGUCAUCAGCGUGUCUCAUGUAGACCCACUCUGGUGAGUGAUCAUUCUUUCC